UUCUCCAACGAUGAUUGAGUACAUUAAGCACCGAUUUGGGCGGAUUUAUUCCGGGUCAAUUUUGGCAGAUUCCAAAGGAGUACCAUCACGGAUUUCGGGUGAUUUAUCCGAAAUGCCAUUUUCAUUCGAUUCUGGAGGCUACAGAUCACGGAAUCAGGCAGAGGCUAUUCACCACCGAUAGUGACGUCUAUUGAUACUAUUCUCCACGGAUGAUAAGUCCGUUAAGCAUCGAUUUGGACUAAUUUAUUUUCGGAUGGCAUUUUCGUAAUUUCUUGGGCGACGAAAGGCCAUUUUCUUUGGAUAUUGAAGGCUACAGAUCACGGAUUCGGCCUGAGGCUAUUCUCCAACGCUGAUUGAGUCGAUUAAGCACGGAUUUGGGCGGAUUUAUUGCAGGUUAAUUUUUGGCAGAUUCCAAAGGGGUACCAUCACAUAUUUCGGGCGAUUUAUUCGAAAUGCCAUUUUCUUUCGAUUCUAGAGGCUAUAGAUCACGGAAUCUGGCCGAGGCUAUUCUCUACCGAUAAUGAAGUCUAUUGAUCCUAUUCUCCAUGGAUGAUAAGUCCGUUAAGCAUCGAUUUGGGUCAAUUUAUUUUCGGAUGGCAUUUUCGUAAUUUCUUGGACGACGAAAGGCCAUUUUCAUUGGAUAUUGAAGGCUACAAAUCACGGAUUCGGCCUUAGGCUAUUAUCCAACAAUGAUUGAGUCCAUUAAGCAACGAUUUGAUCGGAUUUAUUCAGAGUCAAUUUUUGGCAGAUUCCUAAGGGGUACCAUCACAUAUUUUGGGCGAUUUAUCCGAAAUGCCAUUUUCUUUCGAUUCUGGAGGUUAUAGAUCACGGAAUCAGGCCGAGGCUAUUCUCCACCGAUAAUGAAGUAUAUUGAUCCUAUUCUCCACGGAUGAUAAGUCCGUUAAGCAUCGAUUUGGGCCAAUUUAUUUUCGGAUGGGAUUUUCGUAAUUUCUUGGGCGACGAAAGGCCAUUUUCUUUGGAUAUUGAAGAUUACAGAUCAUGGAUUCGGCAUGAGGCUAUUUUCUAACGAUGAUUGAUUCCAUUAAGCAUCGAUUUGGACGGAUUUAUUCUGGGUCAAUUUUCGGCAGAUUCAAAGGGGUACCUGCACAGAUUUCGGGCGAUUUAUCCAAAAUGCUAUUUUCUUUCGAUUCUAGAGGCUACAGAUCACAGAAUCAGGCCGAGACUAUUCUACACUGAUAAUGAAGUCUAUUGAUCCUAUUCUCCACGGAUGAUAAGUCCGUUAAGCAUUGAUUUGGCCCAAUUUAUUUUCAGAUAGGAUUUUCGUAAUUUCUUGGGCUACGAAAGGCCAUUUUCUUUGUAUAUUGAAGGCUACAGAUCACGGAUUCGGUCUGAGGCUAUUCUCCAACGAUGAUUGAGUCCAUUAAGCACCGAUUUGCGCGGAUUUAUUCCGGGUCAAUUUUUAGCAGAUUUCAAAGGGGUACCAUCACAGAUUUCGGGCGAUAUAUAUGAAAUGCCAUUUUCUUUCGAUUCCGGGGGCUACAGAUCACGGAAUCAGGCGGAGGCUAUUCACCACCGAUAAUGACGUCUAUUGAUUUUGUUCUCCACGGAUGAUAAGUCCGUUAAGCAUCGAUUUGGGUCAAGUUAUUUUCGGAUGGUGAUAGACCGUCAUUUACACAUGUUUUUACCCCCGUUCUUACACCGUUUGAGGUGUUGAUUCUCGUGUUUUAGGCCGAUUUCACGCUAGGUUGUGCUUGUUUGUGAUAUUUCAGGUCCUAGUACGUGAAUGAAGGCUUAGGAGCGAGUCUGGGGUCGAUUGGACGAAGAACGGACGAGUGGCGAGGUUUUUGGGAGCUGCACGGGCAGACCAGAGGGGCUGCACGGCCGUGCACGGUUGCAAGCUGGCCGUGCGCCUCAUGUCGAGGAGCUGCACGGGCAGGCCCUGAAGAUUGCACGGCCGUGCACCUGGCCGUGCAAGAGGCCUGAGUUCGACUUAAGGGAUACGCUGCGUUUCAUGGUGCACGGCCAGAAUGGUGAGGUGCACGGCCGUGCACCCUGGCCGUGCAACUCGGGAAAACCCGGUUUUAAAGCCUAAUCCGAGCCAGAAGUGAAAAAAGAGUGUUUUUCAGAGCAAAAACAGAGCCCUAGAGAGAGAAAGUACGAAGAACACAUCCUAGAAGCUGUCUUAGAGCUGGAUUUCAUCGAAUUGAGCCUGGAGAUCGUCAUAGGAGUGAAAAUCAUCGUCCCGGAGCAGAUUAUCCUCAUCGUUAUGAGUAUGACUAAUCCGAUUCUUGUUUUCUCUUCUCUCUCUAUGGAGUAGAACCCUUCUCUCACUUGGGGAUGAAGAACCCUAGUUCUAUGUGUUAGGGAUUGAUUGUAAUGACUUGGGAUGAUACUACUGUUUGAUUUUAAUCGAAUGAUGCAUGUUUCAUGAAUUGAUUUGAGUCUGAUCAGCUUGUCUCAAUUUCUGCUUCAACCUGAGAUAGAUAGAAUCUGAUUAGGUUGUUAGAGCCUCUUCAUUCGAUAGUAGGAGGUUGGCUAUACGAGAGUUAGCCAGUUUACUGCUUUGUACUGGUGUUCUUGGCGCCAGUAGUGGAGUUCUGUGUUCAUAGCCUCAGCUUUCUAUCCCGGUGAAGACUAGUCGUCUGCCGGAUAGUUAGACUGAGAGGGCUUGGUCAGCUUAAGAGAUUCCAAGCUACUGUCGGAUCUUCCGCAGUCUAAUCAACAGUAAAUCAACCCAGGGUAAAUUGCAAUUGAAACCUAACUAAAGAGCUAGGGGGAUUCAUUCCCGAGUGACUCUUUCCUGCUUAAGAAAACCGAAUAAUUUCCUGCUUUAUUUCUGCUUUUAGUUUAAACAACAAUCACUUACUCUAGUUGGCUAGAUAACAGAGAAUCACUGAGUAAGCAGUAGAUCUAGACCCCGGGUUGAUAAUAUAACUUGCCUGUUACUGCAUUCCCGGUCUGCGAUUACACUUGGUCGCAGAUUGGUGUUGUGUUUUGGCGUGUCAAGUUUUUGGCGCCUGCACGGCCAUUGUGGUCAGAAAACCAAAACCACUCGCCGGAAUCCUCUGCCCUCGCCAGAAAACCGCGCAAAACCCACCUUUUUUCGAUUUUUUCGGCCACUUUGGGUAAUUUUUUCACCAAACCAACUACAAACCCACUCUUUCUACACCCAAAGCGGCCUAUCCCUCGAUUUUGAGCGAGUUUGGGCGACGUUUUAGUCGCCGGAGGAGAAUUCCGGCGAGACUCCGGCGAGACUCCGACGAGCAUUUCCGGCCAGUUUUUCGGCGUUUCGUCACUUCCAUUGUCUUCCCCUCAUCAUUCCCUACACCUCUACUUGAGUCUCCAGGUUUGAUUUUACCCCUAACUAUGUUAAUUGUGGAGAAUUGAGUGUGUAGGGUGUAUGUUUAGAGAACCUUAUUGAAUCAUGUGAAUCUUAUGAAAUUGAUUGAGGGGAAUGCAUGGGAUGUGAUUGAAUUAUGUUGGGCAAAGUCCCCUUUGAUUGUUUAAGCCCUUGUGUGCAAGAAUUUGGCCAAUUUCAUGUUUAACUUAGUAGUGCACACAAGGUGUUCGCUGAAAUGCCUGUUUUCCAUGCUCGGUUGUGGCCACCGGUUGGGGCCCUUAAUGAUGUAGUUUGAGGGUGUAUUUGCUAUGGAUGUGAACUUUGAGUUGCCUAUUUUCUUGUGAAUGUGCACCCCCACCCUGAUUCUGCUUGAUUUAUCGAGAUUUUGACCCCCGAACUAUGGAUGAAACCAUGGCUAGGCUGUUUUCUGUUCUUAAGUGUGGGGGUGCGCUUGACCUUUUUCUUUGGCUCUUUUGGGUUCCACUUUGGGUUGUUGUUUUGCAGGGCAAUGGCGAAACCUAAUUUCCAGCACCCGUUCAUCCGGGAUCUGAGGAGGGGACCCACCGCAGAGCGCUUCAAGGAGGUCGCGGAAACCCCGUUUGGGUCACACCAUUGCUGGUCCAAACGGGAGUUUCGGCGAUUGCACUGCUACGAGCAGCUCUCCGCCGCGGUCGCCAACACCGCCUGGCGCCGUCUGCUCCAGCUCUGCGAGAAGGUCUACUACGAGCCGGUGUGGGAGUUCUACACGACCUUCAAGCACAAUACCACGGACAACUGGCAGGACGGUACGGCCGUCCAAUUCAGGCUGGGCGGGGUCCCCCGGUCCUUGAGCUACCACGAGCUGGCCGAGGCUCUCGACCUCGACCUCGACGACCGUGAGGACUACGUCACCGAGGUGAAUGAACCACCGGCGGUGGACUUCGGGAGGCUGUACACCAGCCUGGCUCGGCCAGGCCAGACGCGUCCCUUCCGGUCAGGGAGGACGAAGGCCUCUACCCUGCAGAUCGACAACCGACUUCUCCACCACCUGCUGACGAAGUCUUACACUCCUGCAGCUGACAGCGCCGGCGCCAUCACGAAGAGGUCCCUGUACUUCCUCCAUUCGAUCCGCCAGCGCCGCCAUCCUCUCCACCUGGGUUCAGUGGUGGCCAAGACCUUCGAGAAGACGGCCACAGAGCUGAAGAGCCUCCACUGCGCCCCCCUCAUCACCCGCCUGGCCACCUUCUUUGGCCUUUCACUGCAGGGGUGCACCGAGGAGGGGGACACCCUCAUCUUUGGCCGCACGACGAUCAGGAAGAUGCUGCUGUUGCGGGAGAGGAACGGUGUUCAAUGGGUCGAUGGGUUUCCGGAGCCUCCGAUCCCCGCGGAGCCCGUACCAGAGGAGGAGGAGGCUGCCGAUGAGGUGGAUCCCGAGGAGGUGGAUGCCGCUGCUGAUGCUGCUGAUAAUCCCCCACAGACUGACUUCCAUUUCGGGGGUAGCAGCUCCGCUUUCCAGGGCCAGGAUUACUUCGCCCAGCAGUUCGAGCAGCUGAGGAUCCAGAACCAGCUGCUCCUCGAUCACCAGAUGCAGUUCCAUCAGCAGUAUGCGGCCGACCAGGCCGAGUACCGGACCAGGAUGGACACGAUCCAGACUCAGCAGGGCGUGACUCUUGCCCACAUCGAGCGGGAGAAGCGCCGUUCCCGGCGCAUGCAGGAGGUCCAGCAGCACCUGCUCCAGCUGCUCCCGGGCGAGCCACCUGUCUGGAGGACUCCCUGGGAUGACUCCCCUCCACAUGACGGUGCUACUGGCGCUGCGGAUGAUGACGCGUUCAUGAACGACAUCGACCUCGACGAUCUUGGCGACGAGUAGGCUGUACUCGUUGCCCGUCUCAGUGUGUUUUCUUUUUCAUUUUAGACUUUUGUGUGUUUGCUCCAUGUGUGCGGAGCUUGAACUUAGUGUCGUUUGUUUUUGUUUUUGGUUUUUCCUUUGUGGUUUGAUGUAGCCGUCUGGGCUAACACUUAUCCCUAACGCACAGUGUGCUAGUGUGUUUCUGGUGUUCGAUUUGUGCAGCAUUGUCCACUCCCCCGUUCGUUUCUCGCUGACUGGUCCACUUCCAGUCCCCCAGCAGUGUUCCUACCUGGUAACAUCGUUCCCCUUAUCUUUCCCUCUGCUCCAUUGAGGGCAAUGUCGUUCUUAAGUGUGGGGGGAUGCUUUGUAUCGGUUGGAAUAUGUAUGAUGGUGCUUGGAGCCUAGUCCGCUGUCCGAAUCUUACGAUUUGAGGGCUCCAAGUACUGCUGUUUGAUCAUAUUGGCACUGUGUUUUGAUGGAUGAAUUGAUUGGUUUUCGGAUUAAUGCAUGACAACUUGUUUGCGACUAGGACAACCUAUGAUGAGGACUGAGAUGUGCAGUAGAACGAUGUAGAGGUUCAGUUUUCCAACUGUUUGCUUGCCAACUGUGACUUGAUCUGACUUGAUCUGAUUACUUGUUCUUAACAGUCGUUUAUGCAUCUAGUUCAGGGUAGCAGAAUAUGAGAUAGAGCAUAUAGGUAGCCAUGUGAGAUUUGAGCCUGCUCGUUUCUUUCUUGUGCGAUAGAUCCCUCUUCCAUGAUGUGUAGCAUUCACGUUGUCACUAGCUGAGAUGAUGGGGGCAUAGGAUUAGCCCACGCCCAAAACUGACUGUCCUGAUGUGUCAUAUCCCCUAGUCAGCCCCUUUGAGCCGUGUGUUAUCCUUUCUUUUGGUCUAUAAUGAAAAGAAAUCACCCUUGUUGCAUCUUUUAGAAGGUUUCACAGAGUGGUUUUUAUAUAUUCUCUGCUGUUUCUGCUAAAGUCUAUGUGAGUGUUGGAGGUAGUGCUUAAAAGUUGGGCGGAUGUUUGAAAUAUGUGCAGGAGUGGUGGCUCUCUUAAGAAAUGAAAAGAAAAUGAAAGAGAAACAAAGAAAAAAAAUUGAAAGCAAAGAGAGCCACUACCAAAAAAUCUGAAUAAUGCCCAGCAAGUAGUGUUUCUUAGCAGUUUGGCUUGGAAAUGCUGAUGUUUAUGCCUCCUUCGCUCUUGUGUUCUUAAGAUAUUGAGUAAUGCAGAAUAGCAGAAGGAAAAUACCGGUUUGUUUGACUGUGAUUGUGUGUUUGGAAAAUGUGGAACCUUUUGCUAUGAAUACGUCCACCACCUAAAAGGCCUUUUCCCCAUGUCCAAGACCCUAGCCAGUCAUUUGAACCUGUGUCUAAGACCUCCUGAUUAGCUAGUGGUGACACCCCAUAUGUGAACUCUAGCAUUUAGAGGCUGCCAUCAUGGUGAAGAGAUGAUAGGGAUUGAGAGAAAUAGCAUGCGCAUCUUUCGCAUCAAAUUGUCCUGACCCCACUGGUCGAGAGUGAGUGAUUCAUUUUCAUUUUCUAUAUGCUCUUGUACCCCGGUGAGGACCUAGAUUGCUCGGUCUCUAUUCUGAUGUCUUGAGCUGAAUGCAUGAGUUGACUGUUUUGAGUAAGUGGUUGAAUCAAGUCUAGGUUGGCCAGUGAACAGACGGGAGACUCUUCCUUUACUCGAUUUGCUGCACUCGAAUGUCCUUUGUGGUGGUUGUCCAGGUUGUUAUUGAGGUUGUGCAUGUAUUGAUGGUUGAAAACCAGUGCGAUUCACGUGUUCUGUGCCUUUAUGACUUGUCCCCAAUGUUGGUUGAUUGAAAUAUGUAAGCUUACCUAGUGUCUGACUUGGUUUGCUUGGGGACAAGCAAACGGUUAAGUGUGGGGGAGUUUGAUAGACCGUCAUUUACACAUGUUUUUACCCCCGUUCUUACACCGUUUGAGGUGUUGAUUCUCGUGUUUUAGGCCGAUUUCACGCUAGGUUGUGCUUGUUUGUGAUAUUUCAGGUCCUAGUACGUGAAUGAAGGCUUAGGAGCGAGUCUGGGGUCGAUUGGACGAAGAACGGACGAGUGGCGAGGUUUUUGGGAGCUGCACGGGCAGACCAGAGGGGCUGCACGGCCGUGCACGGUUGCAAGCUGGCCGUGCGCCUCAUGUCGAGGAGCUGCACGGGCAGGCCCUGAAGAUUGCACGGCCGUGCACCUGGCCGUGCAAGAGGCCUGAGUUCGACUUAAGGGAUACGCUGCGUUUCAUGGUGCACGGCCAGAAUGGUGAGGUGCACGGCCGUGCACCCUGGCCGUGCAACUCGGGAAAACCCGGUUUUAAAGCCUAAUCCGAGCCAGAAGUGAAAAAAGAGUGUUUUUCAGAGCAAAAACAGAGCCCUAGAGAGAGAAAGUACGAAGAACACAUCCUAGAAGCUGUCUUAGAGCUGGAUUUCAUCGAAUUGAGCCUGGAGAUCGUCAUAGGAGUGAAAAUCAUCGUCCCGGAGCAGAUUAUCCUCAUCGUUAUGAGUAUGACUAAUCCGAUUCUUGUUUUCUCUUCUCUCUCUAUGGAGUAGAACCCUUCUCUCACUUGGGGAUGAAGAACCCUAGUUCUAUGUGUUAGGGAUUGAUUGUAAUGACUUGGGAUGAUACUACUGUUUGAUUUUAAUCGAAUGAUGCAUGUUUCAUGAAUUGAUUUGAGUCUGAUCAGCUUGUCUCAAUUUCUGCUUCAACCUGAGAUAGAUAGAAUCUGAUUAGGUUGUUAGAGCCUCUUCAUUCGAUAGUAGGAGGUUGGCUAUACGAGAGUUAGCCAGUUUACUGCUUUGUACUGGUGUUCUUGGCGCCAGUAGUGGAGUUCUGUGUUCAUAGCCUCAGCUUUCUAUCCCGGUGAAGACUAGUCGUCUGCCGGAUAGUUAGACUGAGAGGGCUUGGUCAGCUUAAGAGAUUCCAAGCUACUGUCGGAUCUUCCGCAGUCUAAUCAACAGUAAAUCAACCCAGGGUAAAUUGCAAUUGAAACCUAACUAAAGAGCUAGGGGGAUUCAUUCCCGAGUGACUCUUUCCUGCUUAAGAAAACCGAAUAAUUUCC